AUGAGCACACCACACGUGAGGACGUUAACCUGGCUAGCUGUCGUCCUGCAGCGAGUGGAAGCGGUUGUCGAGCGCUGCUCGCGGGGUGAGGUCAUGAGCACACUACACGUGAGGAUGUUAACCUGGCUAGGUGUCGUCAUGCAGCGAGUGGAAGCGGUUAUCGAGCGCGAGCGGCUGGCGCCCGCUACUCGCGAGGGAGGUCAUGAGCACACCACACGUGAGGACGUUAACCUGGCUAGCUGUCGUCCUGCAGCGAGUGGAAGCGGUUGUCGACGGCGCUGCUCGCGAGGUGAGGUCAUGAGCACACUACACGUGAGGACGUUAACCUGGCUAGGUGUCGUCUUGCAGUGA